UGAGCCAUGCAUUUGCUGUUUGUUGUUUAUAAAUUCCGCCAAAUUUUGUCAAUUGAUGUCGCAGCAUGUCCACUUGCAGUUCAUCCGAAAUAGCGGAGAAGAAGCGCAUUGCGCUGGCCAAGCUGCAGGCCAAGAAGUCCCAGCUGCUGGCCAGCGCAUCCACAUCCACAUCCGGACAAUCCACAACGACUGCAACAGGUGGGCCGCAACAUGCCCGUGAUGGAAAUUCGAAUCCCAAACAACCGCAGGCCAAAUCUCCAUUGAAUUUCUACCGAUCACCGCCUGCAGCGCAGAAGAAGAUCAGCAGGAGCGCACCCACGUCCGGUGACAACAAGAGCUCGUCGUUCAUGAACGCUCUAAAAGCAAUCAAACAGACAUCCGCCCGGGAAUUGUCCCGAGGAGCCGCACAUCCUUACCAACGGCCAAAUGGCGGAAGCGAAAGAAACAAGCCCACUCUUUCACUUGGUUCCGAUAAGGAGAAACCCGUGACUGUGCAACUCGGUAACUCCAUCACUUGCAAUCUCUACAUGGUCAGCGCACAUCGGUUUGCCGCCCAAACCUCUGGAUAUCAUGAAAAGCUAGUCGCCGUGUUCAAGAACAUGCCCACCAAAUCCUACGAUAGCCAAACCCGCAUAUGGAGUUUCGAUCUCUCGGACUACCAAUCCCUGGAGACGCAUGCAGCGGAUCUAAAGCCAUAUGUCCACGUGGUUGGUAUACCAAAGAAGGUGCUAGAUCUCUGCCGCCAGCCGCCAAUAGUUGCGGAAAGAAGUGUUUUGGCUUCCAUAGAACCCAAGCUGGCGGACCAACUAAUGCCCUUCCAACAGGAUGGGGUAUGCUUUUCCAUAGCCCAAAAAGGCCGCAUUAUGAUAUGUGAUGAAAUGGGUCUGGGCAAAACCUAUCAGGCCUUGGCCGUAGCCGACUAUUUCCAGGAUGAUUGGCCUUUACUUGUCUGCACCACCGCUUCUACAAGAGACAGUUGGGCGAAACACAUCAUGGAUCUACUGCCGAAGGUGCCCAUCCACUAUGUCCAGGUGCUGAACAACAAUCAACAAUAUGUUGGUGAGGCCAAGGUGCUCAUCACCAGCUACAACAUGAUGGAGCGGCACGAAGAUAAGCUCAUGCAGCGAAAAUAUGGUUUCAUCAUCUUCGACGAGUCGCACACGCUGAAGAACAGCAAGGCCAAGUGCACGACAACGGCCAAAAGGCUCACGGAACAAGCCAAGCGGGUGAUUCUGCUUUCCGGAACACCAGCUCUCUCCCGACCAUUGGAACUGUUCACGCAACUUCAAAUGGUGGAUGGCAAAUUUAUGAAUUUCAUGGAGUUCACUACUCGUUAUUGUGAUGGAAAGCAAUCCACUUUUGGUUGGGAUGCCAGCGGCCAAUCGAAUCUGGAGGAACUGAAGGUUAUUCUUAACCUUAAAUACAUGCUGAGGCGAACGAAAGAGCAGGUGCUGCCUCAACUCGCUGAAAAGAACCGUGAGACUGUGGUCCUGGAUCCCGCCCUAGUGUGGACCAAUGACGAGACCAAGGAGACCUUAGAUGCGUUUAGCAAAGAGCUGAAGACCUCCAAAGGCAGGGCAAUGGAGGAGAUCUUACUCCGUUUCUAUGCACGUACUGCGGAAGUGAAAGCUCGAGCCGUCUGCGCCUACCUAAAAACCUUAGUAAAGGAACAGAAAAAGUUCAUUAUUUUUGCCCACCAUCGUGUCAUGAUGGACGCCAUUAACGACUGCCUCAGUGGGUUAAAAGUACACUUCAUACGUAUUGAUGGACAGACGCGUAGUGAUCUCAGGUCGGAUUUCGUAGACACAUUCCAGAAGAAGAGCAGUUGUAAGGUGGCCCUGCUCUCGCUAAAAGCUUGCAAUUCAGGAAUCACGCUAACUGCAGCUGAGAUCAUAGUGUUCGCUGAACUGGACUGGAAUCCCAGCACCCUUGCCCAGGCUGAAAGUCGUGCGCACCGCAUUGGCCAGACAAAACCGGUGAUAUGUCGCUAUCUGAUGGCUCACCAAACGGCAGACGACACAAUCUGGAACAUGCUGAAGAAUAAGCAAGAGGUGCUUAGUAAAGUGGGCAUCUUCGCCGAAAAUCUUCAGAAAGCAACACACACAGCAGCACCGACUUCAUCCCACAAGAUUGAGGAAUACUUCUCGCCCAACAAGUCCACCUCCCUUGAACCGGAAAAGGGUAGCAUAAAACAAUACUUUUCGCCUGCUCCAGCCAAUAAGCACCGUGAGCAAAAUAAUAAUUUAGAAAAGGCCAAAGAAAACAAUGCCGAGUCGGAUAUUGCGGCGUUUUUUAACGAUGAUGAUGAUGAGGCUUUUCUGGAUUUAGAUAUUUAGAUUAUGUGAGAGAAUUAAAUCCUAGAUCGUUAAAUGAGUUUAUUUAAAUAAAUUGUAUUCGAGAA